AUGCCACCACCGGAAUACGCCCGGCAGCCAGUCUCUGGUCCUGAGCUGUCUGGUGACGACAGGACGCUGCCAGGCUCGAAUGAUACAGAUGACAGGCCUCAUACAGCAGACCGCAAAUCAAUUGAAAACCAGGAGACAACGCAGAGGGAGGCUUACGAGAAUGACACAACCCUGGCUCUCGUGCCCAGUUACAGUCGCAGCCACGUCGCAGAAGAUCCGGAAAAGGGCCCUAACAAAGUUGAGGAUGUCGAAGAGACAGAUCCAAAUGUUGUCUUCUGGGAUGGCGACGAUGACCCUGAGAAUCCAUACAAUUGGCCUACAUGGCGCAAGAUUGUCAAUUGUGCUCUCAUCAGCUUGUUGACCUUCAUCACACCCCUAGCUUCCUCAAUUUUCGCCCCUGGCGUGCCAGACCUGAUGCGCGAGUUCGGCAGCAGCAGUCCAUUACUGGCGUCUUUCGUCGUUUCCGUCUACGUUCUCGGUUUCGCCGCGGGUCCCUUGCUGUGUGCGCCGCUGAGCGAAAUCUAUGGCCGCACUAUAGUCUAUCAUGUUUUUAAUGUGGGAUUCUUCUGCUUCAACAUUGGCUGCGCCUUGGCUCCAUCGCUGAGCUCGCUCAUUGUCUUCCGCUUCUUCGCCGGCCUCUUCGGCGCUGCUCCGAUGACCAACGGUGGCGGUACCAUCGCCGACAUGAUCCGUCAGGAGAAGCGCGGCGCUGCCAUGGCUUCAUUUGCCAUUGGGCCUCUCCUCGGGCCGAUCCUCGGCCCUGUCGCCGGCGGAUAUAUGUCCCAGGACAUCGGCUGGCGCUGGGCCUUUUGGCUCGUGGCGAUUCUCAGUGGCGUCAUCAGCAUUGUCAUGGUGUUGUUUCUCCGAGAAACAUAUGCCAUCAUACUCCUCCAGCGCAAGGUCGAUAAAAUGCGUAAGGAAACGGGCAACCAGGCAUUGCGGUCCAAGCUCGAUAGUGGACUGUCGCCCACCGACUACUUCAAACGAGGCAUCUACCGGCCUCUGAAGCUGCUGACCAUCUCGCCCAUCUCCAUCGUCUGUGCUCUGUAUACCGCCAUUGGUUACGGCUAUCUAUACAUCCUCUUCACCUCCUUCACCACAGUCUUCAUGAAGUACUAUGGCUUCACUGCCGGAACCUCAGGCCUCUCUUUCCUCGGCAUGGGCGUUGGCUCCAUGUUCGGUCUUGUCUUCUUCUCCGUCUACUCCGACCGCUAUCUCAAAUCCAGGGCGGCCCGCGCCGAUGCCGCCGCCGAUGCCGCCAACCGUCCCCGUGAGGGCAUGAAGCCGGAGUAUCGCCUCGUCACCCUCCCCUGGGGCGCCAUUCUCCUGACCAUCGGCCUCUUCUGGUACGGCUGGUCCGCCGACGAGGGCCGCACGCACUGGAUCGUGCCCAUCCUCGGCACCGCCGUCGCCGGCUUCGGCAACCUCCUCAUCUUCAUGUCGCUGCAGCUCUACCUCGUCGACGCCUUCUCCGUGUACGCCGCCAGCGCGCUCGCGGCCAACACGGUGGCUAGGUCGCUGGCCGGUGCGUUUCUGCCGCUGGCAGGACUGCCGAUGUACGAGGCGCUCGGGAUCGGGUGGGGGAACACCGUCUUGGGCAUCAUCUCGGCGGUCAUGAUCCCGGUGGCAUAUGCCAUUAUCAGAUCGUUUAACUUUAUCACCAUCUCGCUCGACCCUGGCUUCCUUGCCGCGCCGGCUGGCCCCCGAGCAGAGCCGCCCCCCCUCCUCCCCUCCUCCUCCGACGCCCAACUGCCUCCGCGGGCCUCUGAAGCCCAGGCCCAAAGUGGUUCUGGGGCCAACGACAUCGAAAGAGGCAGGGGCCCGCCCGACGAUGGGCGUCGGACGACAGAGGGCAAGGACUCGGGGGGGGCGGUGACCCUCGGGGCACACUUCGGCUGCUAG